AUGCGCCCAUACUUCCAGUCCCACACAAUCAAAGUCAUCACUGACCAGCCGCUGCAGAAAAUCCUAUCCAAGUUCGAUGUGUCAGGCCGAAUGUUGCGGUGGUCGGUCGAGCUCAGCGAGUUCGACAUCCAAUACUCUCCUCGGAACGCCAUCAAAGCCCAGGUAUUGGCUGACUUCAUCUCUGAACUAACGCCCGAGGAUUGUGCAGAUGGACGGAAGGACACCGACCGCGCGUGGACCCUGCACGUCGACGGCUCCGCCAUCACCGGCGCAGCCGGAGUCGGCCUCGUCCUUAGAAGCCCUACUGGAGAAACCUACGAGAGGUCCAUCCGACUGCAAUUCCAAGCCACUAACAACGAAGCCGAGUAUGAGGCGCUACUACAUGGCCUACGCCUCGCCUUGGAGAUGCAGGUAGACAACCUCGAGGUAUUCAACGACUCUCAGCUGGUGACAGGACACGUGAAUGGGAGCUACGAGGCCCGGGACCCCACAAUGGCAUCAUACCUGGCGGAAACGCAGCCCCUCGCCCGCCUCUUCAGCCGGUUCUCAAUCACGCAAGUGCCCCGAGCCCAGAACGCAUCAGCCGAUGCCCUGGCGAAAGCAGCCUCCGCACAGGGUUUAGAAGAAACCUCUGUGACUGAGCCCAUAGCGGCGCCAACCAUACCAUCCUGCGGCGUUGUCGAGACUCGAACCCCGCCCAACUGGAUGGAGGAGAUACUCCUCUUCAAGACAGAUGGGGCGGAGCCCGACGACCCAACGGCAGCAAGACGACUAAGGCGAACACAAGCCUGGUAUAGCUUAGUCGGUGGGAAGCUGUACCGCAGAGGUUUCUCACAGCCCCUCUUCCUCUGCCUCGCACCACCCGAGGCCAACACCGUCCUCACCGAGCUUCACGAGGGAAUUUGCGGGGAGCAUAUCGGGGGUCGGACCUUGGCCUUCAAGGCCCUCCGACAAGGAUACUACUGGCCAACAAUGCGUCGAGACGCCGCAUCAUACGUGCAACAAUGCCAACCGUGCCAACGGCACGCCAGACUGCAGCAUCAACCGGUGGUCCCUCUCAACCCGAUGGAAAUCGCUUGGCCCUUCGCCCAGUGGGGACUCGAUCUCCUCGGCCCCUUUCCUCCAGCUUCGGGGCAACGACGUUUCCUCAUUGUCGGGGUUGAUUAUUUCACAAAAUGGGUUGAAGUCGAACCCUUGGCCUCCAUCACCGAGAAGCAAGUUCAAAGCUUUACGUGGAAGAACAUCAUCACUCAGUUCGGGAUCCCGAGGGCCAUUAUCACCGACAAUGGGGCCCAGUUCAACAACGCCAAGUUUAAAGCUUACUGCUCGUCGUAUGGAAUAUAA